AUGUUGGCUAGGGUUUGGAGAUAGAGAUCGGAAUCUUCUGCUGCUAGAUUGAUCAGCACGAGAUCGAUUCAUCAACCUCGCGUCGCCAAGAAAAGUACAAUUAGAAAGCGUCUUCCUUAUUUGUCAGUCCAUUGCAGAGAUGGCGAAGCAACUUUUGGAGGAGAGAGUUUGAAAUUGAGAAGUGGGUCUCAUUUUAUUGAAACCUUAGAUGAUGCGAUUGUUUUGUUUGAUGAAAUGGUUCAAUCUCGUCCCAUCCCUUCCGCAAUUGAUUUCAACAAAGUAAUGGGUGUCCUCCUGAAGUUGAAUCGGCCCGACGUUGUGAUUUCUCUCUAUCGGAAGAUGGAAAUGCGGCGGAUUCCAUUUGAUAUGUACAGCUUCAAUAUUCUGAUAAAAUGUUUCUGCAGCUGCUCCAAGCUUUCCUUUGCUUUGUCUACGUUUGGAAAGCUCACCAAACUUGGUUUCCAGCCUGAUGUUGUUACCUUUAGCACGCUGCUCCACGGGUUAUGUCUCGAAGAUAUGAUCUGUGAAGCCUUAGCGUUAUUUGAUCUAAUGGUUGAAACGAGAUAUGCACUCAAUGUCAUAACGUUCAACACAGUGGUGAAUGGUCUUUGCCGCGAUGGUCGAGUUCUUCAAGCAGUAGCUCUGGCUGAUCGGAUGGUGGUAGAACAUGGUCAUCAACCUACCGAAGUUACUUACGGAACAAUUGUAAACGAAUUGUGUAAAAUGGGCGACACUGUCUCAGCAUUGAAUCUGCUUAGGAAGGUGGAGAAAAGCCGCAUCAAACCCCAUGUUGUAAUCUACAAUGCCAUCAUUGAUCGUCUUUGCGAAGAUGGACGUCUUGUUGAUGCUCAAAAUCUUUUUAUUGAAAUGCGCGAGAAAGGAAUUUAUCCCAAUGUAGUUACCUACAACUGCAUGAUAGACGCUUUUUGUAACAAUGGUAGAUGGAGUGAUGCUGAACGAUUGCUGCGUGAUAUGAUUAAAAGGGAAAUCAGUCCUGAUGUUGUAACUUUCAAUUCAUUAAUCAGUGCAUUUGUCAAAGAAGUGAAGUUCUCUGAGGCUGAAGAUUUAUACGAGGAGAUGCUCCACAGAGGUAUAGUCCCUAGUACUAUCACCUAUUCUUCAAUGAUUGAUGGAUUCUGCAAGCAAAACCGCUUAGAUGAGGCGAAGCAGAUGUUUGAUUCGAUGACUAGCAAGGGCUGUUCGCCAAACGUAGUGACUUAUAAUACACUCAUUAAUGGCUACUGUAAAGCUAAAAAGUUUGACGAUGGACUGGAGCUUUACUGCGAGAUGUAUCGAAGAGGAAUAGCUGCUACUGCAAUUACUUUCAACACUUUGAUUCACGGGUUCUGUCAUGUGGGUGAUUAUAAUGGCGCCGUAGACAUUUUCCAAGAAAUGAUUGCUAGUGGUGUGGCUCCUGAUACCACCACUUUCCACGGCAUGCUUGCCGGUUUAUGUAGUAAGAAGAAUCUACGAGAGGCAUUGGCAAUGUUGGAGGAUCUGCGAAAGAGUGUGGAUCACCAAUUGGAGGAUGAAUGA